AUGGAACAAAACGUUCAGAAGGUAGGUUCUGUUGAGGCCAGGGCAAAGAGAAAAGCAAUAUUAUCAAAUAGAAGAGAUUGUGGUACCUCAUCAAGUUCAUCCAACCCCAAUUCUUCCAUCUUAGAUAUCAAUACUCAAGCUCUAGAUACACCUCCUUCAAUUUCAAGAAAUUUUUUCUCAAGACUGCAAAGAUCUCUUCAAAACACCACUCCCAACAAGUCAAUAGCAGUGCAAAAAAACCAAGGGCUAAAGCAUGUCAACCCCUUUCAAAAGAUGAAAAUUCUAAAUGGGGAUCUUCGUAUAGAGGAUGAAGAAUUACAGAACUUAUGUCUGAUUGAGAUUGAAAAAAUAUUGCAAGGCAAUGGAAGGUCACUCAAGGAAUUUCCAUGUUUACCAUACCCUAAAUUUUCAGAAAUUCAUACUUUUGAAAAUAGAUUCGUUGCAGAUGAGUUGAAUUAUAAUAGGGAUGAAAUGGUAAAGAUUCAUGAUGAAUUGGUCAGUUCUCUUACUUCAGAGCAAAAUAUUGUUUAUAAGAAUGUUUUGGAUGUUGUUUUGUCUGAUAACGGCAGAUUCUUUUUUCUAUAUGGUUUUGGAGGAACGGGAAAAACAUUUGUUUGGAAUACAUUAUCUGCUGCUUUGCGUUCAAGGGGCCUUAUCGUCUUAAAUGUCGCAUCUAGCGGAAUUGCAUCGCUAUUGUUACCUGGAGGUAGAACUGCUCAUUCAAGGUUUUCUAUUCUUAUUUCAAUAAAUGAGAUAUCAACCUGUAAUCUUCGUCACGGUUCCCCAAAAGCUGAGUUAUUGAAAAAAGCAAGCCUUAUUAUUUGGGAUGAGGCACCUAUGUUAAACAAACAUUGCUUUGAAGCUUUAGACAGAUCUCUUAACGACAUUAUGAAGACUCAGUUUACCCAUGGUUAUGACAUUCCAUUCGGAGGUAAAGUUGUGGUACUAGGAGGCGACUUUAGACAAAUACUUCCAGUUAUUUCCAAAGGAAGUCGUUCAGAAAUUGUCGGUUCAGAUAUCAAUUCUUCAUAUUUGUGGAAGCAUUGCAAGGUAAUGAAGCUGGCUAUUAAUAUGAGAUUGCAAAAUGCUACAUCGACUUCUUCAGCAACAGAAAUAAAAGAGUUUGCAGAUUGGUUGCUUCAAGUGGGAGAUGGUACAGUUAAAACGAUUGAUGAGGAAGAAACAUUUAUUGAGAUUCCUGCAGAUCUUCUUAUUGAACAGUGUAAGGAACCGUUGCUUGAAUUAGUUAAUUUUGCAUAUCCAAAACUUGCAAAUAAUUUGCAAAAAAAUUCAUUCUUUCAAGAAAGAGCGAUCAUUGCACCAACACUUGAAUGUGUAGAGGAAAUCAACAACUUUAUGUUAGCAAUGAUUCCUGGUGAUGAAACAUAA